AUGAUUACAGCCAUGGGGGACUGUGGCGAUGAAGUCUUCAAGGAGCUUGAAAGCACCUACUGUCCGCCAAUUGACCCUGCGUUGUUUGUUGCAAUCGCAUCAGACUUUGACCUGGCAAUCCCCUCUCAGGUCGAACAGUUGCGCGAGACCCUGGAUGUGUUGAACGCAUCUGCCGUUGAACAAGAAGACCUACCAUUUGACCCCACAGGCACAACAAACCUCCGAAACUCUGAGCCCUCAGGCUCUUUGGUCGGUGAAUCGUCUGACGCCGCACCUUCGGAUCUUACAAGCUGGCCAUCGCUUGAAAAUCCCGAACAGGAUAAUGGCGACACCAUUAGUGCCAGUCACAAUGCCGAGAGACUCAAAGGCUCUAAGCUUGCAUACACCUUUCUGGGUAUGACAACCGCUGAUAAGGCACAGAACUUGAUUAGCAUGUUCCCAAGCAUUACUCGCCUGGAAGCCGAGCGCAUCCUAGAAGAUUGCCAUGACAACCUCAGUCGCUCGAUGGAUGUCUUACUCAAUCUUGCUUUUAUCGAAGAGACACAAAUUGCGAGAGAAAUCCCCCAAGAAACCCCCAGCGAGGUUUCUCAAGACAGCCAAUCUUCCAUUCCCAAAUCAAUUGAUGGCUUCCAGGCCAAGGAGAACCAGAAUGGCGGCGGCAAGAAAUCCCGAAAGAAGAAAAAACAGCAAAAUCGUCGAGUUGACCUGGCCUCUCAGGCCAUGAAUACCACUACCAAUAAAUGGGAGGCAGGGAAGAAGGAUAUUGACUUCCUUUCCUCGCGGGCCUGCGCGUUGCAGAGAGAGAAAAUUGCAUCGGCUUAUCAUGAAAACUCCAUGUCACUCUGUGCGACGAUUAGAGUCUUGGCACAGGCCCAUGCACCCAAGCACAUCCGUGAGAUUGAAGACGAUCCUGUACUCGUCACGCAAGUGGGGGAGCUCAGCCACAAGUACCCCGGCAUCAGUCCCACCACUCUCGUCGGUUUGAUUCGAAUUGCAAACAAUGAGAUCCCAGCUGCAGAUGAACUGGCUGAGACUUUGGCCCGUCGCCCUGAUCUCACUUCAGUUUCAAAUAUCAUCAGUUUCGUCUCGUCACCGGUCGCCCUCGACGACAACGAGGAGGAGAAUGUGGCGCCAACGCCGCAGACAGAGUCUGCCUCGGACUUCAUAGAUUUCAAUGAAGCUGCUGCCGCUGCCCACUCUCACUUCGCAGCCCGAUCCGCUGCCCUUGCCCAAGCAUCCCAGUCCGCCCGCCGCGCCCGCUCGAACCCCCUGUACGGCGGCGCCUCUGCCUAUUACAGGGACGUCGGAAACGAGCAACGUCAGCUUGCCCUGCGUCAUCUGGCAACGGCUUCUGACCGGCUGGUGGCCCGCCAGUCGUCGCAAUAUGACCUGGACUUGCAUGGUGUGACGGUUGCCAAUGCCGUCAGAAUUGCUCGCGAGCGUGUGCAGGCGUGGUGGGACGGAUUGGGUGACCAGAAGUACGUUCGUGGCGGGGACGGAACUCCCACGGCGGGUUCAAUAUUGUGUGCGGUGUUGGUCACCACUCCCUCGACCGCAAGUCACAUAUUGGACCCGCCGUGUGGAAUAUGCUGUUGA